GGAUAGGGGGGGGGGUGCGGGUGAUGGCUGGCUGGGGCAUCAGUGUGGCCACAGCCCUUGCCCAGUGAGAAUUUCCAAGUCACGUUGAGAAGACCCGGAAGACCUGAGAUGUGGUCGCUGCUGCCGGUUAUGGUGGUGAUGGUAGCGGCGGUGGUGUCGGGAAUUAAUGAUGUUUUCCCACCGCCGGAUCUUAUCGACCCCGACGCCGCGGUCACCCGGAUUCACCACCACCGCUCUGAUCAUUCCGACUCCGACCCCGCCGUUAUCAGGCUCCACCAUCGCCGACCCUCUGAAGACCACAGGGUUCACAAUCUGAUGCUCAACCCUCAACAACACUCUCUCUGCGAGCUUAAACCAAUUCGCCAGAUCGUCACUCAUGCCCAGUGCACCUCCAAGGAGAUGGAGAACCACGUGUGUGUGGGCACCUGCUUCAGCUACACCGUGCCACAGACUGAGCCUGAGACACCUGGUGAUGAGCUCCUAGACUAUUGUGAUUCCUGCCAGGCUUCAAAUUUCCACUGGAGCACAAUUCAGCUGGACUGUGAGGAGUACGGCAACGCUUAUCAAGUGACGAAGAAACUACAGAUGAUCGCCAACUGCUCGUGUUCUCCCUGUAACCCAUCCCGCAGCCAACAGCCUCCCACUGACAACGAGGUCACCUACCCUUCUAACGACCAUCACGUUAGAGAACUGCUCUUCAAGAUGCUUCCUGAUGGCCACAAGUUCAAGGAAGGAGUAAACAAACCACCGGACGUCAACAGGGAGCUGCAGUACACGGAGAUGUCACUCGACAUCCUGAAGAAAAAACUCCACACGGAAAACAAGGAACAGUCCCUCAGAGACCAGGUGCUCCUCAAAUAUCCUACAUCAUUCGCUGACAUCGAAGAGGAGGAAGACAUUAAUAAUCUUUCCUACUGAGUGUCACGACGCAUUCCUCUUUGUCAUGCUGAAGGAGCUUUAUCUGGAACCACACAGAGAAAAGUUCCUCAGAGACCAAGUGCUCCUCAAACACCACACCUCCUUCGCUGACAUCGAAGACUAGGAGACCCAUAUUCUUUUCUCUUGAAGAUACACAGUUCACGUAAUGGACAUGCUGCUCACCAUUAUAACCAUUUCCAGUUUUAAACCCACUUUUUAUCUCAGAAGUGGAAACCACAAUCUGAAGCUUAAUUUAAAGCCAUGAAUGCAAGGAGAAUACACAAAAUUUCUCCCAGAAGUCCAUUUAUUUCCUUCUCCGAGACUAUGGGUCCUUAAAACACACACAUACACACACACCGCCUAUAGAGAAUACAGAGGCACUGUCUCCCUCAUCUUCGUGUGUUAGUGUGACUUGUCAAUGAUCCAAGUCGGACCGAAACAUCGUCAAAAGCUUCUCUCUCCUGUGUGCGGGUUAUUUGUGUGCACCACAUCAGCGCUCUAUGAACUUAGUGGACUUAGUGCUUGGUUUUUAUUAUAAUAAUGUGUACGCAUAGGUGUGUGCACAUGCAUAUAUUGCAAAUACAUAUAUACUUAAUUUUAUAGUCCCAUGUGCUGAAGAAAAUAUAUAUAUCAAGAACCUUGAAUAUCAUAUACAGCUUUUAACAGUGUUUGAAUAUAAAUCCUACAGUGCGUAGUACUGUAGGUCAAAAUAAUAAUUGAUUUUUCCCUGCUUGGUUCAAUGCAGGAUAUGUUGAUGAAUAAUUCUGAAAAUUAUUUUAUGAACUGGACGUAUACAGUGUAUUGUAUCAUAUAAAUAAAAUUACAUACGAAUUGCA